GUUCUUUGCCUGUGAAGCUUAUUUUGACCUUGACAGUAAUAGUAAAUGGAGUCUCUCUUGUCUCAAGAAACCCAGGAUCAAGUAAAUCUCUAUUUUGUUCUUCCUAAGGACACUACAGAAACUACUUGCAGUGAAAAGUUGGCAUCAUCCUAUCAGGCAUGUCUGGAUGUUGGUUUUCCAAGUCAGUGGAUAAAAGAAGAAGAUGUGCUAAAAAUGCAACCAGUCAAGCAAGAUGUGUUCAUCUGUGACCCAUUUGAAGGACUAGGUUUUGACCACUUAUCAUCUGGAAAAUUCAAGUGUGUCAGAGUGCUGGGCCCACCAUGCCUGCUGGCCUGUCUGAGUCGCAGCGAACCAGUGCCAGAGCAUCCCUAUCCCCUCUACACAGCCGCCAUGAGAGGCAUGGUGGUCACUUCAACUGGAUUCCAAAAAACAGAAAAGAACCGUCUGCAGCGGCUGGUGCGGCAGAUGUCGGGCGUCUACUCGUCCGACUUCCACGAGGGCAUCACCCACCUAGUGGCAGGCGUCGUGGCCAGCCCCAAGUACCAGGUGGCGGUGGCGCGCGACGUGCCGGUGAUGCGCGCCGCCUGGGUGGACCGGGUGUGGGAGGCCAGCCGGCAGCAGACCGUCUCGGCCACGGACCCGCAAUUCGCCGACCUCGCCUGCCCGCCCUUCCAAGGCCUGUUCGUGUGUGUCAGCCAGAUCAGCCGCCGGGACAAGGAGGCCAUCAAGCGGCUCAUCGAGACCAACGGUGGCAACUACAUGACUCAGCUGGAGUGUGAGAAGACCAAUGUGCUGAUCUCACCUUCAGUCGAGGGUGAGAAGGUCACUUUCGCCAGACGCUGGAAGAUUCCGUGUGUGCUUCCCGAGUGGCUGUAUGACAGCGUGGAGCGCGGCUCCUGCCUCCCGAUGGAGCAGUACACGACAUCGGACAAGAUGGCCAAGCGUUCCUCCACGCCCACCAAGAACCACACCAUGGCGAGCGGCGAGCUUGCUGACCUCACCAUGAGCACCAUAGUGGGUUCCAACGAGAGUCGGUUGAACCCCGUCAACGAGACGUUGAUGAACGAGACGGCGUCGUUCGCCGUGCCGGCACCGGCGCCCUCGCCCGCCCAGGAGGAACUGGCUGAGCUGGACAGGGUCGACCUGCAGGAGGUGGCCAAGGCAGGCGAGUUCCUGGACGGAUGCAAGGUGCACUGUAUCGGCUUGGACGCGCGCCGGGACGACAAGCUGCGCCGGCUGCUCAACACCUCGGGCGCCAUGCGCUUCUCCCAGCUGCUGCCCUCUGUGACGCAUGUGGUGGUGGCGGGCGGCGCGGGCGUCUGGCGCGCCGGCCGGCCGCUGCCGGAGGCCGAGUUUCUGCCGCCGGGGGUGGCGCCGCCCGAGCCGCCGGCCGGGGGUGGCUCCGGAGCCGGUCAGCCGGGCCCGGAGCCGGAGCCGGACCCGGCCGGAGAGGAGACGGUGCUGCCGGGCGCCGAGACCACCGCCGCCGGCGAGGAUACCAUGCUCGAGGCCACGCAGACUCUGUUUGGAGGGCUGCGGUUCCACCUGAGCCGCCACCUGGACGACCAGUCGCUCCAGGAGGCGGUGUACAUUCUGGAGGAGCAUGGCGGCCGCCAGGUGCCGGAGCCGACCGCGGCCCGGUUCACCGUGGUACCGCUGGUCCACCCGGCCUCGCCAGACGACCCCGAACCCGACGCUCUGGUUACACUGGCCUACCUACAGCACUGCGUCGAGGCCGAUAAGCUGCUGGAGCCGGAGUACUUCCACCGGCCGAUCAGCACCACCGAGCAUGACAUACUCACCGGCUGUGUGCUGGGCAUCAGCUCCUACAGCGGCCGCGAGAGGCAGUACCUGGCGCUGCUCGGCGAGAGCAUGGGCGCAGAGUUCCAGGAGGUGUUUGCCCGCCGCGACAACCCGUCCAAGCACGCGCGCGCCUCCACCCACCUGGUGUGCCAGGCGGCCGAGGGCCACAAGUACGCCGCCGCCCGCAAGUGGGGCCUGCCGGCCGUCAGCCGCGAGUGGCUGCGAGCGUGCGCCGCCGCCGGCCGCCGGCUGCCCACCGACGAGUACGCCGUGGAGGGCGGCGCCGAGUCGACGGUGGCGUCUGUGACUUCCAGCGCCGUGUCGGCGGCGCCGGCCCACACCCCGGCGCCGGCGCCGCCCGCCCCCGCCGCCGCCGCCGCCCCGGCCGGCUGCCUGCCCAGCUUCAUGCAGCCGCCGGUGGAGCUGACGCCGGUGCGGCCGCCGCAGCUGCCGCCGGCCGACUCGGUGGCGCGCGCGGCGGCGGCGGACGGCACGGCGGACAUGGCCACGCCGCAGACCCCGUACGGAGCGCUGGUGGCCGGCGCCAACCCCAGCAGAUCGACACGGAAGGCCUGGAAACGCUGGGUGGACGCCAUGGAGGAGACGCCCGAGAACAAACGACGGCGCGUCAGCACGCCCAUGUCCCAGCUGGUGGUACAGUACUUCAAAACAAACUUCAGUCAGAGGGACAGCCAGGCCGACCCCAGUGCGUCCACUGAAAACAGUCCCGUCGUCAACUCGGAAGAUGUCAACGCGGCGCUGCAGUCUGAGGCGGCCGGAUCCGGUACCCCUGCCUCUGCCGUGAAGAGCUCCAAACCGGGCCCGUCGACGGGCACGGCGCCUCGAACGCUGCCCAAACGGGGCCGUCCGCCGGCGGCUGAGCUGGGCAGCAGUCCCUGUCUGGGGAACGGCUCGGUCCGGGACCGGGGCGCGACCGCCGGGCCGCCGGCCGCCGACCGCACCGUCACAGAGGAGGGGGAGGCGGCCGGCGACGUCAGCCGUCAGCUGGCCGAGCUGAACCGAAUGGUGUCGCGGCGCAGCGCCGACGGCAGCGGCGCCAGCGGCGAGCACCGCAUGCCGGCCGGCCUGCUGGACCCGCCGCCGGCCGUGGGCGGCUCCGAGUCGGCGCCACAGGCCAUGGAGCUCAACACGCAGGGAACAGCAGUGACCUGGGACGACCCGCGCGAACGGCAGGCUCGUAACAAUCUCAUGCAAGAGGAGGCCGCCCGCCAGGAUGCCGAGAACGUGUCUCCCAACGUUCCGGCGGCGCCGGCCGCCGCUGCCGCCAAGUGUCCGGUGGCUCCGGUGCUGGUGUUCUCGGGCCUGGAGCCGGCGGAGCGGAGCCGCUACACGGCGCUGGCCGAGCGUCUGGGCGGCUCCGUGCUGGACUCGGCCACCCUGGAGCCGAGUGCCACACACCUGGUGACGGCGCGGCCAAACCGCAGCGAGAAACACCUGGCCGCCGUGGCCUCCGGACGCUGGCUCCUGCAGCCCGGCUACCUGGACGCGUGCGAGCGCGCCGGACGCUUCCUCAAGGAGGACGGGUUCGAGUGGGGAGACCCGGAGUGUCUGCGGGCGGCCGGGCUCUCAAAGGACUCCACCGAGUACAAACUCUCCACCGCCGCCUACAGGUGGCGACGGAAAAUCCAGGACGAAGGUAUCCCGGGCGCGUUCCACUCGAUGGUGGCGGUGCUGCUGACGGCCAGGGAGCGCAGUCGGGCGUUCGAGCGGCUGGUGACGGCCGGCGGCGGCCGCGCCGCCUCCCUGGACCAGCUGCGCCGCCGGCCCACGGACGUCACCCACGUGUUCAUCGAGCCGGCGCGCGCCGACAAGCGCCAGCUGACGGCCGAGCUGUGGCGCGAGCUGGCCGAGCGCCGGCUGCCCUGCCUGCAGCCCGUCUACCUGAACGAGUGCCUGACGGCGGCCGCGGCGCCCCGUACCGAGGACUGGCUGCUCGACGAGUACAAACGGCUCCUGGCCGAGACGUGACGCGCCGGGGGCGGACAGAUGGGGCGGACGGACCGCGCCGGGACCGUCGGACGGGGCACCGUCCCUGGCACCGGCUGAGGAGUGACGUCUUGCUCAGACGGUGGGCGAGUUCCGUCCCUGUGGGGAGCACUCCGUGAGCGGUAAGCGCCGUGCUCUCACGGACAGGGUAUCUCCCCAGCCAGCCAUGUGUGUAUAGUUACAUUGUGUACCGAUUGAAGUGUUUGUGGGUGUGGAAAUACCGGAUGUCGCCUCUUCACUGCCUGUCCUGAAGCGUUAUGGUUCUUUUUCCAUAGGCUUCGUAUUUUCGCGAAUGAAGCCGUGAUAUUCGUUCUCAUGCUUUCCAGUAUGAAUGAGAUUGGGAUGAAAAUAUAGCAGGUAUACCUUUUA